CGCGUGCACGAUCAUCCCGGGACAAAGAGAGACGCGGCUCCGCUGAGACGCAGCAGGUUCGAGUUGUGUCGUGUUCAAUCACAGAUUAAGUGUCCACUUUCACUGACUUGGUGUUUGUGAAGAUGAUGACGGUGUUGGUGUGCGUGAUCGCGCUGUGGGGCGUCGCGGGCGGAGCGCGGAGCUGCGGAGAGUCUCGCCGGGUGUACGGAGAGAAGCACGGGCUGAACACCGCCCCAAACACACACAUCAGCGGUGAGCACCUACGUCUUUGUCCUCGUGAUUACACCUGCUGCUCCAGUCUGAUGGAGGACACGCUUGCACAGCAGAGCGAAGCUGACUUCCUGUCUGCAGUCCAGGACACCAGCCAGUUCCUGCUCACCACCUUCACCCAGAGACACCACAAAUUUGAUGAGUUUUUCCAGGAGAUGAUGGAUGUGGCAGAGAAAUCCAUGAAUCAGAUGUUCACGCAGACUUACGGUCAUCUGUACACGCAGAACGCUCUUAUCUUCAAACAGCUGUUCUCAGACCUGCGGCGCUUCUACACAGGGGGCAGAGUGAGUCUGGCCGAGGUGCUCUCUGAUUUCUGGGCAGGACUAGUUGAGCGUGUGUUCGCUCUGAUUAACCCUCAGUAUCAGUUCAGCGAGGACUAUCUGGAGUGUGUCAGCAAACACGCAGAGCAACUACGGCCAUUUGGAGAUGUUCCACAUAAACUGUACAUUCAGGUGUCACGAGCGCUAACAGCCGCACGGUCGUUGGUUCAGAGUUUGGCUGCUGGAAGAGACAUAGUGAACAAGGCAACAAAGUUGAUGGUAAGAUCAGAGUGUAUUCGGGCAUUAAUGCGGCAGUGGUUUUGUCCACUGUGUCGUGGACUUCCUUCCCUCAAGCCCUGUCAUUCGCUGUGCCUGAACGUCAUGAAGGGCUGCCUGGCCAAUCAGGUUGAAUUAGACUUUGAAUGGAACAACUUUAUUGACGUGCUGACGGCAGUGGUGGAGAAACUUGGUGGGCCAUUUCAUUUCGAGUUGGCCGCAGACUCCAUCGCAGUGAAGGUGUCUGAAGGAAUCAUGUACAUGCAGGAGAACAGCAUUACAAUUUCUGCAAAGGUCUUUCAGGGCUGUGGGAUCCCUAGGCCAACUCCAGCCAGAAAUAAACGCUCGUCCAAAGAGAGAGACGGCAAGAGAGCCUUCAGGACUUACAGCGCUGAGGAGAAACCCACCACCGCAUUAGGAACAAACCUGGACCGACUGGUGGAGGAGCUGCAGGAGCGUCUCCGGCCCAUGAAAGGAUUCUGGGUAGCGCUGCCUCACACCAUAUGUAAUGAUGAACGCAAGACAGCUGAUGUGACUAAUGAGGAUCGCUGCUGGAACGGACAGACACGCGGCAGAUACCUGCCGUCUGUUACUGCUGAUGGUUUGGUGAAUCAGAUUAAUAAUCCAGAGAUGGAGGUGGACGUUACCCGGCCAGAUGUGAAAACACGGCAGUUAAUCAUGGAGCUGCGAGUGGCUGUAAACAGGCUGAAACAUGCUCAGAACGGACGAGAUAUGGAUCUCAUCAACA